AGCUUUUCUCUCUUCCUGUGGAUAGACAUCCAGGAGACAGGCUUGCCAAUUAAUGUACUGAGCAUCUUAAGAAAGGAGCAUUAUGGAUUUUUCCUUCUUAUUCUUAAUAACCAUGGUUGUUUUCAUAUUGGAACAACAAGUCCCAGGGUCCCAUGCAAACAAAAGUCCAUCUGUGAAUGCUAUACCACAAAUUCACCGUCGUGAAAGACGCUGCUCCUGUGAAAACCUGAAGGACAGAGAAUGUGUGUACUUCUGCCACAUAGGAAUCGUAUGGGUCGAUACACCCAGUCAGGUCAUUCCCUAUGGUGUGGGUUCACUCCAAAUGCGUCUGAGACGAGAUGUGCAACGAUGCCAAUGCACAGACAGGAGAGAUACAAAGUGUGUGCGGUUUUGCUCUUACUUGGAUCUCCAGCAUGAAGAUGAAAAAGCCUCAAUCAAAAGGUACCAUCCCAGAAACUACAAAGAACGAUACAACUCUAGAUUCUCCCUGAGGAGACGGAGGAAUCACAAUCCAGUACAAACCACCUGAGAGAAAUGAAAAAAGCUACUUAGUAACUUACUGUGUAGUACUAUUUGGGCAGCAAGCCUGACCAUAUGUCUGAAUAUGUGUGCUGUGAAUGGUUUACGAAGAACAGUAUUAGAUGUAAUUUCUAUUACUUUGGCUUGUCAUGAAAUGCUAGCAUCUCAAUAGUUGGCAGUAUAUGAAGUAAAUAGGAGUGAUGCUGUAUAUUAUCUAACUGUCAGUAUUUUGUAGAAUACUGUAAAACCGUAUUGCUUCUUUUUGAUAUGUAAUAUUGUUUGAUGUUUCCAAUUUUGUUUCCUUAUAGUGAGUACAUUUGGAUAUUUAUUGAGAACAAUAGCAGCUUAUGGGCACUUUAUGUUUGAUAUUAAACAUAUAAGACGGCCUUGGCUAGAGGGAGUUCUGGCAUGCAGUUUAUGCUUAGAAUAGGACAUUGUCAAAGAUUGUAGAUCGAGUUUUCUUUUUAUUUUUAGCUUUGGAAUAAUAAUAACGAUAAAUACCUCUCCACUACUCAGACAAGUGGAUAAAAUGUAUUUGAUUUCUCAGACAAUUGAAACAAUUUAUAAUCUA